GCCCCAUCCCGCCCCCCCCCUUUUUCCCCCCCGUUUUUCCUUCCAGGUCUCCCCCUGGGGCACGUUUUUGGGGACGUGGGACAUGCCCCCGAGGAUUCCCCCCGCCAAGCUGAACCUCACGGCGCGCUCGCCCGCCGCCGCCGCCCGCCUCACCGGCUGGCUCCGCGCCUCCGCCGCCCUCACCAGCGCCAGCAACGGCCUCCGGGCCGAGGUCACCGGCAAGCCCCAAGGGCCUUGGUCGGACACAGGAGCUUCCAAGGAGCCUUCGAGGAGCGGCCAGGGGUCCGGCAAGGGUCCCCGGAGCUCCCCACAGCCUGGCCUGGAGGAUCUCGGGGGUGUCGCUGCACCCCAAAUCCCAGCCUCGGCCACUGCGAGGGAAGCUGGGCCACAGGGAAAGGGAUCGGCAUCGCUGCGCCGGGGGCUUUGAGCUGCCCGGGGCUCUCCUCGGCCCCUCUCCUGCAGCUCCCGCAAGCCGGUUCCCAGCAGAGAUCCAAAAAUCACCCGGGGGGGGCAGGAGAGCGCUUCACAGUGCACCGAGCGAGGCCGGUGCCGAGUGUUUGUGUUUUGACAGCAAUUGGAAAAAAUAGAGGUUUAAAAAAAAAACCACGGCAGAACUCCCGCUGCUUGGUUGCGGGGGCCGUGCCCUCCCC